AUGCAAGGCUAUCUACCACAGCAACAAUUCGCUGGUCUUCCAGCCCAAUGUCAACAGUGUUUCUUAACACCUGGUUUUUCUCAACAACAACAGCAACCUUCGCCUUACGGCGCCUACAAUCAAUACUUUAACAAUCCAUACCAGCAGCAACCCUUCUUUUAUCCUCAACAACAACCGCAAUUUUCCUAUUUUCCUCAACAACAGCAAUAUUCCUUCAUCCCUCAACAACAGCAAUAUCCCUUCGUCCCUCAACAACAACAAUAUCCAUUCUACGCUCAACAACAAGCGCAAUUCUAUCCGCAACAGCAGCCAUUGUUCAAUUGGCCUCAGAAUUUUGCAGGCCAAAGCGCAUAUGGUUAUCAACAAUAUUGGCCUCAACAACAGCAACGGGUUUUUGAAAAUCCCAAAACGCCUAUUCCAUCACCUGCUCGUCGAGAAAAAGAGAAGCCAAAGAAGUUCUAUGAACGGGUGUACUCAUAG